AUGGCAAUGGCAAAGAACAUCGUGGCAAUGCUCUGUAGUGGCUCCCUGUGUUGGGUCGUUUUCAAGGUCACCAGGAGGAUCCUUCCCGUCGUACCUGUACCUCGUCAGGUAUCGAACCCCCAGUCACUUCGUGUUCAGGAAAGGGAAAAGGGCAGGCAUGCGCUGGCAAGCAGGCAAAAUGCCCACUACAACACCUGCGGGUAA